GAAGAUGUCCGCUUGUCGAUUAUUUCACCCCCACGCGAGACACUCCGACUCCUGGGUUGAAAAGAUGCUCGCUGCAGGUCACCCUCGGGCAUUCGGACGUGCCAUGCACAGCGCACGGACACUGCUCCGAAGACGAUGUCUGCACCAGACUCGAGCGCGUCUUGCCAUCACCAACCUUGAAAUGCCCGCCAUGUCACCAACUAUGACCGAAGGUGGGAUUGCUUCGUGGAAAAAGAACGAGGGGGAUCCAUUUAGUGCUGGUGAUGUUCUACUGGAAAUCGAAACAGACAAGGCAACCAUUGACGUGGAAGCUCAAGACGACGGUGUUUUGGCCAAGAUUUUGACCCCCAACGGCGCAAAAAAUGUCCCCGUUGGGAAGAUUAUUGCCCUUCUUGCAGAGGAAGGAGACGAUAUCUCCAACCUAGAAGCACCGAAGGAGAGGACUAAACCCUCACCUGAUACGGACGCUCCAACCACUUCUGCACCUGAGCCCCCGCGCGCAGCAUCACAGCAACCUGGUUCCGUGCAAGAAAAGAAGGAAGUACAUCACCCGACUCACUCGAAGCCUCUACUUCCUUCGGUCCUACGUCUUCUUGUGGAGAACAACAUCACGAAUGCAGAGGUUAUCAAGGGGACUGGUGUGCGGGGCCAACUCACGAAGGGCGAUGUCUUAGCACACCUUGGCAAGGCGUCAAGCCCAACUGGUACCUACAAGGAACCCAAGCAAGAACCUGUCGUGUCGCAAAAGGUCGAGCCACCUAAGCCCCUCGAUGGCGCUGCUAUUCGUCAAUUGAUCGUGUCUGGUCUUUCCACUAGGAUGAAACCAAAGGCACCGGUGCCCUCGAUACCGCUCACGUUCGACUCGGUAAUUGCUGACUACCUCCCACCGACAACCGAGGCGGUGAAAUCCAGUUCAAGUUUGCAAAGCCAAACUGCCUCGCCUCGAAGUAGUAGGGCAGCAUAUUUCGACGGGCUCCUUUGAUAACAUCACCCUUCAUCCUAGACUAGUAGAUUUUCUCCGGACACCCAGUACUCCUGUUGUCCAAUGACUUGCAAUUGAGAGUGAACGGACACAAAAUACAACCCACACCGUCACCCCAAAGCAUUAGGGUUAUUGUUAGGAAGCUACUUCUUCAUCUAAUGCUAGACACUAUAAUGGAUAAGUACAGACAACCAGGAUUGCAAGGGAAGAGACCGUACUCGAAACUCGAUAAAAGAAUCAGACAGCCCUGCUCGUGGCUUGGGUACGGGCACCAAGAAUUGCAAACUUAACAACCCUUCGUCAUCGAUCCGAAGGGAAGUCUUAGUCGAGCUCUGCAAAGCACGCAGAGUGCGCGCGAU